UCAUGUUUUUAUGCUACUGACCUAUAAGAAAAAAAUACUAAAAAAGGGUAGCAGUUAAACACCUAGGACCUGCAACUUCAUUACGUCUGGGAUGAUCUGGAAUAUCACAAGGAGAGAUUUUAUUACAGCAUAUUCACACCUUAUCUGAGCCCUCAGCCUUUGUUCAUACACAUUUCCUUCAUUAGAAGUUGUCACCAGACGCUUUACCUCCCAGGAUGGACAACAGGCUCCCAACAGAAUUUGAUGUGGUUGUAAUAGGGACAGGUUUGCCUGAAUCCAUCCUUGCAGCUGCAUGUUCCAGAAGUGGUCAGAGGGUUCUGCAUCUUGAUUCAAGAAGUUACUAUGGAGGAAACUGGGCUAGUUUCAGCUUUUCAGGAUUGCUCUCCUGGUUAAAGGAAUAUCAGCAAAACAGUGACAUUGGGGAAGAAAGUACUGCUGCAUGGCAAGACAUGAUCCAUGAAACAGAAGAAGGCAUCACUCUUCGCAAGAAGGAUGAAACCAUUCAACACACAGAAGUUUUUUGUUAUGCCAGUCAGGAUAUGGAUGGCAAUAUUGAAGAGACUGAUGAUCUGCAGAAAAAUCCUUCCUGGGUAGCAUCUAGUACCCUCAUUAAACCUCUGGAUUCUGCAUGCUUGUCUGAAGAAAUGCACUCGUUAUAUGUUUCUAGCAAUGAAGUGCCUGCAAAAGGGACUCCAGAAAACAAUGGAGAAGUAACUGAUAUAGCAGAAACCUUGGUGAAAGAAGAAUAUUGUGGAUAUAAAACUUAUAAACACAGAGUUUCAGAUGGUGCUAAAGACGAAAUCAAACCUAUAUUGGAAGAGAACAGUGAUCCACCAAAGAGAAACAGGAUUACUUACUCUCAAAUAGUUGAAGAAGGCAGGAGGUUUAAUAUUGAUUUGGUAUCAAAGCUGCUUUAUUCCCAAGGACUGUUAAUUGAUCUUUUAAUCAAAUCAAAUGUUAGUCGUUAUGCAGAAUUUAAAAAUGUCACUAGGAUUCUUGCAUUUCGAGAAGGAAAAGUAGAGCAGGUGCCUUGCUCCAGAGCAGAUGUCUUUAAUAGCAAAGAGCUCACUAUGGUUGAAAAGAGGAUGCUAAUGAAAUUUCUUACAUUUUGUUUAGACUACGAACAACAUCCUGAUGAAUACCAAGCUUUCACGCAAUGCUCAUUUUCAGAGUACUUAAAAACCAAAAAAUUAACCCCCAGCCUCCAACAUUUUGUACUACACUCAAUUGCAAUGAUGUCAGAGUCAUCUUGCACAACAAUAGAAGGCCUUAAAGCAACAAAAAACUUUCUUCAGUGUCUUGGAAAGUUUGGCAACACUCCCUUUUUAUUUCCCUUGUACGGCCAAGGAGAAAUUCCCCAGUGUUUCUGCAGGAUGUGUGCAGUUUUUGGUGGAAUAUAUUGUCUUCGCCAUAAAGUACAAUGCCUUGUAGUUGACAAAGAAUCUGGAAGAUGUAAAGCAAUUAUAGAUCACCUUGGUCAAAGAAUAAAUGCUAAAUAUUUCAUUGUGGAGGAUAGUUACCUUUCUGAGGAAACAUGCUCAAAUGUGCAGUACGAACAGAUAUCCAGGGCAGUGCUCAUUACGGAUCAGUCUAUACUAAAGACAGAUUCAGAUCAGCAGAUUUCCAUUUUGAUAGUACCUCCAGUGGAACCAGGAGCAUGUGCUGUUCGAGUCACUGAAUUGUGUUCUUCAACCAUGACGUGCAUGAAAGACACCUGUCUGGUACAUCUGACCUGUUCAUCUUCCAAAACAGCAAGAGAAGACUUAGAAUCAGUGGUGAAGAAAUUAUUCACCCCAUAUGCUGAAACAGAAAUAGACAAGGAAGAACUUGCAAAGCCAAGACUCUUGUGGGCUCUUUAUUUUAACAUGAGAGAUUCCUCAGGAGUCAGCAGAAGCUCAUAUAAUGGCUUACCUUCCAAUGUUUAUGUCUGCACUGGGCCUGACUGUGGACUAGGAAAUGAACACGCAGUCAAGCAAGCUGAAACAGUCUUCAAGGAGAUCUUUCCAAGUGAAGAAUUCUGCCCCCCACCUCCAAAUCCAGAAGACGUUUUCUUUGAUGGUGAUGAUAAGCAACCAGAGCCUCUUGGAGCCAAUACUAUAAUAAUAGCCCAACUAGAAUCCUCUGAGGGAAGCAAAAACCUAGAAAGCUCAGAGAAGCACCUUCAAAAUUAGAAAAAAAGCAAACUGGAAAUGCUACUUUGGGCCUUCAUCCAGUAUCAGAAUAUUCUCAUUUAAAGGACAGUUUCCUAUAUGAGUAAUUAGAAAUGGUUAUUUGAUGAAUGGCAUGCAGAUGUUGUCUAUAAUUCUCUUUGUGACUUUCAGUUAUUGGAUGUAUUUGUUAACCUAUCAAUAAUUGAUUUAUUAGUUAUUGGACUUCUUUUUGUUUCAGAAUGGGUUUCAUGAGCCAGAAUCUUAAACAGGAUUAGCUUUAUUUUAGUACUGGGUAUAUAUGUGAGGGUUCCAUAUUAGCCAUGGUGCUUAAAGGAAGAUGGUAUUGUAUCUGCUGAUCUUCAGAUUUUAUUAUUGUCUACAGAACAAUAACAUCUAAGGAAUAUUUUAAUUACUUUUGUAGCUAGUACAGUUGCUACCACCUCUGAAUAGUGAAACACACACAGAGGAAAUUAUGUGGGUCUUUUCUUUAUAAUAUAAAGAUAAUAUAUUAAGUAUGAUCCUUUAUUUGUGAAGGUGAUGCCUACAAUACAUCUUGCAGUUUAAUUCUCCUACUUGAGCCUUGUAACCAAUGAGGCAGUGAUGCCACCACAGUCUUAUACAUUGCAAAAAGAGUCAGAGUUCAUUUAGUAGUUGAAGAGCUCAUUCUUGGGAGGUUCAGUCCAAAGAAAAUCUAGGGGAAAAGAUUAGUUCUGGUUUAAUAUUUCAGAAAAUUUCUGAAGAGCACUAUUCUGGCACCUAAAAGAAAAGAACUUCUAAGUAACUCAGGCUAAAGAAAAAAUAAAUUGCUCCAGGAAAAGAUAUUACAGAAUGCUUGUUCUGAAAUUGCUAAGGAGAAACUGAGUGAAGCAUUUUUAACCUGGGAUUACAGAUGGUUUUUAAAAUCCAUCUGUAAAUAGAUUUCCCAAGGUUUCUCAGUGAAAGUAAGCACACCAUCUUGUUGACUCCACCACUUUAAUUAGUAACACUACAAUUGAUAGGAGUGAAUCAAAGGAGGGUUGCCAUGUCCCUUUGGUUGUGUCCCACCCCACAAAUAAUGAGGUAAAUGCCUUCGUAAUCAACUCCUGCCUCUUAGCUGUUAUCUAGAGGAUAGAAAACAUUUUUUUCCAGAACUACCAGAAGUCAUAAAACUGGUUAUACUCUAGCAGCAGAAGCUUGUGGAGCUGUCAGAAGAAAUAAACUUCCUUCUCUUUAGGUCACUGUUUCCAUUCCUCAGACAGAGAAUGAUAAUCCUAUAGGAAGGAUUUAGGAAGGGAUAGGAAAGGAUAUAGGAAGCCCUUUUAAUACAGUUUUUGUCCUGGAACAGA